UACUUGGGGAAGGGGAUGGGUAGGUUACCGGGGCACCAGGUGAGGGAGGAGGAGGGCUCGCGGUCGGCGAGGAAGAGCAGCAGCUUCAGCUUGCCGCCGUCGUCGCUGGCGAAGAGCCUCUCGAAGUGGCCGUCGAAGUCGGCCACCGUCGCGUCGACCUUCUCCACCGUCAUCUCGGCAGCGACAGGCGAGAAGGAAGAUUGGAAGCUUGGAGGGGGGGAAGAUGGGGAUUGCUGGGGAGUCCGAGGAAAGAAGACGGCCGACUCUUUUAUUACCGCGGUCUACGGGAUGGCGUGCCCUGAAUAUUUAUUUCUUCGGAUUCUCCUCUGUCUCUGUCUCACUGACGGGUCGGACCCACCCAUCGCCCCGCGUGCCGUCUACGCGAACCGGAAUCUCGUCCUCCGGCCGGCCCAGCAGCAGCCCAUUAGCAUAAGCAGAAGAGACCCAAGACCAUCUGGCCCACUAGGUUCGCGUAAGCCAAAUUCUGCAACGCUGCAAAUCAGACUCGCUCCACUAAAAAAACAGUUCAUGCUUUCGUCCCCAUCUUCCCGAAAAGCUCCGGCCGGCGUCCCGCCCCCUCCCCGCUGUCGAUCCGCCGACCCAGUGGCCGUCAUGCGCGACCCGGCGGAGAUCCGCAGCCUCCCCAUCGACAUCGCCUUCGCCCGCCUGCAGGAGUGGCUGGUCGACCGAAAGCGGGUGCCGCAGGACUGGCGGAAGCGCCUUGCCGCCAUCCGCGCCCGCCUCGCCGCCGCCUUCUCCUCCCUCCCGCGGGACCUCCACCCCUACCUCCAAACCCUCGAGCUCGAAGAAAUUGGGUACCUUGAGGCAAAGAAGAUAUACAGCAUACUCCUGGAAUCCAACACCGAUAGCAGGAACAUUUUUGGCCGCCUGACAGGCUCCGCGGGCGAAUGGUAUUCGAUCGUUAAAGCUUAUGAGAAGGACCAUGUUUUCCUUGGAGAGGCAGCUCAGAUCAUGGUCCAGAAUGUGAACUAUGACAUACCAUAUCAGAGGAAACAGAUGCAGAAGACUCAGCAGCAGCUAGCAGAACUGGACCGCAGGGAGGCUGACAUUAAGCGACUUGCUGCUCUUUCAGCAACUAGGUAUGCGGAAGCUUGCCAGGAGCUUGGUCUGCAGGGGAUAGAUGUGCGGCAAGAACUGAUAGAAUCUGCAAAAACACUUCCAUCAACAUUUAGCAAAAUCUUGGAAGUCCUGAACAGUGAUACUGUCUCACAGGCCAUGGAGUACUAUACAACUUUUGUUAGGGACUGCCAUACAGAGGAUAAGGAGAACUACAAGUCUGUGGUACACAAUCUGAAACAGUUGCAAGCUAAUCCUCCUUCCCUGCACGUCUCAGUAUGUAAAGAGGUGCAGAAUUCACUUGGAACAGCAAUGGACGGAGGAGAACCCAUCGACUCUAAUGUUCCUGCAGAUGAUAUUGAUUGGGACAUUUCAGUGGAUAAUAAUGGUAUUGACUGGGACAUUGGUGCGGUGGAACAACCUGUGGAAGAAUCUGGCAAUGGUUUUGGGUCUUAUGAAAUUAUUGAUGUCAAUAUAGAGUUGGCAGACUCUGAAACUUACGGUGUUGGUGCUUCAGCCUAUCCAUCUGCAGACAAAGAAGGCCUUACGUGCGAUACAUCCGAGAAUCAGAUUUGCUGGGACAUCUCAACUGAUAAUCCUGAAGAAAGUGCUACUAUCGAGAACGCCCCAACUGAAUCAGGGCAAUAUGAAUGUUUAACUGAGGAAAGAAGUCAGUUGCUGGAGAAGGAGUACAGAAAUAAUAUCGUGGAUGAUUUACUUGAGGUAAAAUCAUUUUUGAUCCUGCGCUCAGCGGAGAUGAGAAAUGCUGAUACAUCAUCUCUACAGCAUCAGGUGCAAGCAGUCUCACCUUUCGUUCUCCAACAGUAUGCUCCUGAACGUUUGGAGAAUAUGCUUGUAGAAGUUUCCUCAGCAAUCUCUCUGCUCACCAACCAGAAAACUCUUGACCUUAUAAUGAUCCUCAACUCUAAAAGGUUUUUGGACAGAUUGGUGUCAACCUUAGAGGAAAAGAAACAUCAUGAGGUGAAACUGCGAGAAGGCUUAGGUGAUUUGUCAGUUAAGCGUAUGGAGCUGCAAAAUGCACUAUCAUCAUCCUGGCCGAAGCAAGAGGCAGCAAUUACAAAAACAAGGGAACUAAAGAAGCUCUCUGAGGCAACGCUUUCAUCUAUGUUCGAUAGCAGACCAGUGCAUAUAAUCGGAGAGAUUAAUAAUUUACUGAGUUCAAGUGUUAGUCAGUUAGCUGGGUGAUUUGAUUGAUUGUACCUUCGUCCCUGAACUAAAAUAAACGAUAUGUAAAGCAGGUUGAAUAUCUUAUGGUAUAUACUUUUGCAACG